UGGAUCGACGGAAGCAAAUGGAAUCAAAGAAUUUCUGGUGCGUAGAUUCUCGAAACCCAACUCGAAAACGCUCGAAACCAGCAAAUGGGUUUGACUAGCAGGGGUGUCUAUGUCAAUCGCCUGUUGCUGUCCCGUCCUUGAAUGUGUCUACUGUUUAGCCUGUGCCCGUUGGGUAUGGCAGAAAUGUCUAUACACUGCAGGCCAUGAAAGUGAGCAUUGGGGUUUAGCCACAGCUGAGGAAUUCGAGCCAGUGCCACGCCUUUGUCGUCUAAUUCUAGCAGUUUAUGAAGAUGAUCUUCAUAACCCUAUUUGGGCACCCCCUGGAGGCUAUGGUAUUGAUCCUGAUUGGGUUAUCUUAAGAAGAAAUGACCAAGAAACUCAAGGCCGAGCUCCUCCUUACAUGAUUUAUUUGGAUCAUAAUAAUGCUGAUGUUGUCUUGGCUGUGAGGGGACUUAACUUAGCAAAGGAAAGUGAUUAUGCUGUUUUGCUUGACAACAAACUGGGGCAAGCAAAAUUUGAUGGUGGUUAUGUGCACAAUGGGUUAUUGAAGGCCGCAGAGUGGGUAUUUGAUGCCGAGUGUGAGGUUUUAAGGGAAUUACUUGAGAAGAAUCCCAGUUACACUUUGACAUUUGCAGGGCAUUCCCUUGGGGCAGGGGUGGUAGCGUUGUUGGUGAUGGUUGCAGUUAAGAAUCGUAGCAAACUGGGAAUCAUGGAGAGGAAGCGGAUUAGAUGCUAUGCCACCGCUCCUGCUAGGUGUAUGUCACUCAAUUUGGCGGUUAGAUAUGCAGAUGUAAUCAAUUCUAUUGUGCUUCAGGAUGAUUUUUUACCUCGAACAACCACAGCUCUGGAAGACGUUUUCAAAUCACUCUUCUGUUUACCAUGUUUGUUAUGCCUAAUGUGCUUGAAGGACACUUUCACCAUGAAGGAGAAGAUGCUUAAAGAUCCAAGGCGGCUGUAUGCACCUGGUCGCCUUUACCACAUUGUUGAAAGAAAACCCUGCAGGAUAGGAAGAUUUCCCCCAGUAGUGAGGACAGCUGUACCUGUGGAUGGGAGGUUUGAGCAUAUAGUUCUUUCCUGCAAUGCAAUCUCUGACCAUGCCAUGAUUUGGAUAGAGAGAGAGUCCCAAAGAGCACUUGAUUUGAUUUUGGAGAAAGAUGGCAUAAUGCAGAUUCCUGCAAAGCAGAAAAUGGAGCGACAGGAGUCUCUUGCUCGAGAACUUGGUGAAGAGUACAAGGCAGCUCUUCAAAGGGCAGUUGCUCUGGAUAUCCCUCAAGCUUACUUACCUUCAUCAUAUGGAACGUUCCACGAAAUGGAAGAAGCCGAAUUUUCUGGCAGAUCAAGUGAGGAGGUUUCUUGGUUUGGAUGAUUUUGUAGAGCGCCUUUCUGAAGUAGUAGAUGAGUCUGGCCACAUUGUGCUCAAGAAGUCAACCUCAGUGCCCACCCUGCCUCAAAAAGAAAAGAGGCCUACAAAUGCAUUGUUCCAUGAUUUAUUGCUUGAUUACCACGAUAUUGUUAUAAAGAAUGAUAAGAAAGUUUGUACAUAAAGGUCAAUCCAUUUUAUCCCAGUUGAGCAUUCUUUGAUU